AUGUGCACCCGUCUCCUCUCAUCUCUUCUUUCCUGCAUCUCCCUCCCUCCGUCCGUCCUCCUCGUCCUCUGCGUUAUCGCGGCAGCCGUCUUGGUCCUGAUCACUCUUCGGACAGCGCCUGAGGCCAAUCCUCCGUCCUCUCCUCCCCAAACUCGGGGCUCCAUCCCCUGCCUGCCGUGGCUCCCCGUCCUGGGCAGCCUCCCCUGGCUGGGAGGAGGCCUCCCCCCUCACCUCCUCUUCUCCGGGCUGUCCCGCAGGUACGGGUCUCUGUUCGCCCUCUACCUCGGCCCUCACUACACCGUGGUGGUGAACAACCACCAACACGCCAGGGAGGUCCUGCUGCAGAGAGGGAAAGACUUCGCCGGACGGCCGAGCAUGGUGACCACCAACCUGUUGACCAGAGGAGGUAAAGACAUCGCGUUCGCAGACUACUCUCCUCUCUGGAAGUCGCACCGCCGCCUCAUCCAAAACUCCUUCACCCUGUUUGGAGAAGGAACGAGUCGGCUGCAGGAUAUGGUUCUGUCCUCUGUGGACGACCUGUGUGCGGAGUUGUUGUCCGGUGGGCGGCACGGCUUCGACCCGUCUCCCGCGAUGACCAGGGCCGUCACCAACGUCGUGUGCAUGCUGGUGUUCGGCGCCACCUAUCGCCACGGUGACGCGGAGCUGCAGGAGGUGAUGGGAUACAACGACGGCAUCGUGCAAACGAUCGCCAGGGGGGCACUGGUGGACAUUUACCCCUGGAUGAAGGUCUUUCCCAACAAGUCUCUCAGUAAACUGAAGGACUGUAUCAGCGUCAGAGACCGACUGCUGACUCGCAAACUGGAGGAGCACAAGGCAUCGAUGAGUGACGGUGACCCCCGUGACCUUCUGGAUGCCUUGCUAAAGGGCCAGACAGGCAGGUCGUCCGGAUCGGGGGACGAGGGGAUAACAGACGACCACGUCCUGAUGACCGCGGCUGAGGCUUUUGGAGCCGGAGUGGAGACGACGUCCACCACACUGCUCUGGAUCCUGGCCUACCUGCUGCACCACCCGGAGGUCCAGGAUCGCGUGCAGAAGGAGCUGGAUGAGCAAAUUGGCGGCGAGCGAGCGGUGUGCAUGUCGGACCGCGGCCGGCUGCCGUACCUGGACUGUGUCAUCAACGAGGGCAUGAGGAUCCGACCGGUCUCUCCCAUACUGAUCCCACACAUGGCCAAGACCCACAGCAGCGUGGGAGGUCACUUUGUCAGUCGCGGGACUCGAGUUUUGGUCAACAUGUGGUCAAUUCACCACAACCCCAAAGACUGGGACAAACCUGACCUUUUCAACCCAGAUCGUUUCCUUGACGACCGGGGUCAGCGGGUCACACCCUCCUGCUUCCUUCCGUUCGGGGCGGGACCUCGGGUCUGCGUCGGCGAAUCACUGGCCAGGCUGGAGCUCUUUCUCUUCUUGUCCUCUCUGCUCCAGCGAUUGAGGUUCAGUCUGCCAAACGGGGCUCCCCCGCCCAACCUGCAGGGGCGGCUGGGUGUCGUCCUGCAGCCGUUACCUUACGAGGUCGUCGUCACUCCGAGGGCAGGGUGGGAGCGUGGAGCAAAAUAAAAAGGAGGGGGUAACAGCGAAGCGAAAUGGCAGGAGAAAGAAAAAGUAACUCUAAAAGUUUUUGUUGUGUCAUUAAAAUUUUAUGGAAGUGAACGUUAAAAUCCUCCU